AUGAAGUAAUCUCCCAAAGAGAGCAACACUAAGCAAGAAAUAGUUCUCACUUCUUUAAUGGCCUCAAUAGGUUACUUUGAGAUAUUUGUUUCAAUCUUUUGCUUUAUUGUAUUUUGGGCCAUAGGUGAUAGCAGUGGCCUACCAUGGAAUUGGCCAUUUCUCGGUAUGUUUCCAGGCCUUCUACUCAGUGUAAACAGAAUCCAUGAAAGGUGCUUUGAAGUUUUUUCAAGAACCGGUGGCACUUUCUUGAUAAAAGGGCCAUGGUUCACUAACAUGGACAUUCUUGGCACAGUGGAUCCUGCAAAUGUGCACUACAUCAUGAGUGCAAAUUUCGUGAAUUUCCCAAAAGGGGAAGAGUUCAAGAAGAUUUUUGAUGUUUUGGGAGAUGGGAUUUUCAAUUCUGACUUGGAUUUAUGGAAGAGUCAGAGGAAACUUACUAGGACAUUGAUCAUUCAUCAAAGGUUCCACAAUUGUUUGGUAAAAACUAGUUGGGACAAGAUUGAAAAUGGACUUAUUCCUGUCCUUGAUAUUGUGGCUAGAGAAAACAGAGCUGUGGAUUUGCAAGAUGUUUUUCAAAGAUUCACAUUUGAUACAACAUGUCAAUUGGUCACAGGCUAUGAUCCUGGCUGCCUCUCUUUUGAAUUACCUCGUGUUCCCUUCGCGAAAGCUAUGGAUGAUGCUGAAGAAGUAUUAUUCAUUCGCCAUUUAUUGCCAGAAAGUGUUUGGAAGUUGCAAAAAUGGCUAGGCAUUGGUCAUGAAGCUAAAUUAACCAAAGCAUGGCAAGUUCUUGAUGAAGUUAUAAGCAAGUACAUAUCCAUGAAACACGACGAAUUGAGCAAUAUUGCAACAAAAUCAAAGCAAGAUCAAGAAGAGGGUUGUUUUGAUCUCUUGACAUCAUACAUAUUAAAUGACGGUCUAAAUCUUGACGACAAGUUCUUGAGGGACACCGUAUUGAACCUCAUGAUCGCGGGGCGUGACACCACUAGCUCAGGCCUAACAUGGUUCAUCUGGCUUGUCGCGACACACCCUAAGGUGGCAAUAAAAAUCAGGGAAGAACUCGCUACAAUUGUCUCAUUAACAUCAUCAUCAGCAGCAAACCAGAGGCUUUUUAGAGCAAACGAGUUGAAAAAUGCAAUUUACUUGCAUGCAGCAUUGUGUGAAUCAUUAAGGCUAUAUCCACCGGUACCAUUCCAGCACAAGACUCCACAAAGUCCAGAUAUUCUCCCAAGUGGACACCAUGUUCAUCCCAAUAUGAGAGUGGUGUUCUCACUGUAUGCAAUGGGGAGGAUGGAGUCGAUAUGGGGAAAAGAUUCUUUGGAAUUCAAGCCAGAGAGAUGGAUUUCGGAGAGAGGAACAAUUAAGCAUGAGCCUUCAUAUAAGUUCUUGGCUUUCAAUGCAGGGCCAAGGACUUGUUUAGGAAAAGAAGUGGCUUUCACUCAGAUGAAAGCUGUGGCUGCUGCUAUCAUACAUAAUUAUCAAGUUGAAGUGAUCAAAGGACACAAAGUUUGCCCUAAUGUCUCAAUUAUUCUCUACAUGCAACAUGGUUUCAAAGCCAGAAUUAAGAAGAGAUGGACUUAAUUAGUUUUAUAUUUUUUCUAUUUGUUUUUUCUCGUGGAAUUAAUGCCAUCAUCUUGACUACGAAAAGUAUAUUUAAGUUUCCUGUUAUGUUUUAUAAGUUGUGUUUUAUGUUCAAGUCG